AUGUUUUCCAAACGUAAGGCUAUGGAUGCUGGCAAGCGUCCUGCGUUCCACGAAGGCUAUGCAGCACCAUUGAUUCAGAUCCUCGCAUGGCUUUUCCUUGCCUUCUCGAUACUAGCAGUCGUAGCGCAAUUUGCGACCAAGAAAGCCAUGUCAAAGCGUUUUGUCAAAGCCGACUUUGUGCUCCUAGUGGCCUUGGUCUUCGCAGCAGGGCAGGCAGCGACUCUCCUCAGUCCAGCGGGCCAGCCGAUUGGGAAUCUUUCAUCUGGCCUCGAACCGGAUCAAAUUAAUGGGGCCUGGAAGGCUCUAUUCAGCAGCGAGAUUCUGAGCAUUCUUACGAUCGUUGCCGCCAAAGGCUCUUUGCUCGUCUCGCUGGCGUCAGUAACGCCUAUCGACACACACAGGAGGAUGAUGCGCGCUACAGGUGUUUUGACGGUGCUAUGGGGAUUGAGCGCUGUGUUCCUUAUCGCCUUCCAAUGUCCGUCUCCGCAAAGAUGGGAUAUCACGAACCCGAGGUGUAUGGACCUCCGCGCCGUACGCACCUACAAUGCUGUCAUGAACAUCGUGACUGAUCUUGCGCUCGCCGGUGUACCGACACUGAUGGUCCUACCGCUGCAGAUUACCCAGGAAAAACGUUUCACGCUCAUCACAGGCUUCUGGUCACGCAUAGUCGUCGUCUUUGCCUCAGCCGCCCAAAUCGCAUACAUCCGCACCUUACCCCAACACGGCGAUCUUCUCCACUCAAUAUGGCACAUCGUCGUCUGCGGACAAAUAGUGCAAGUGGCCAGUAUAAUGACUUCGACCAUCCCAUUCCUGAAGCCAUUCAUGAUGAGCCUCGACUCGGGCCUGUGGAGCGCACAGCAUGCGGGUGUUGCUACGAUGUCAGGUUACACAUCCGCGGGUGUUACAGGGCAUUUGUCAAGUUAUAUAGAGAUCUCUUGUCAGCGAAGUCGCAACCCAUCUUCUACGAAAGGAGAUAAGGAUGCCGAUAUCUGGGUGCGGAAGGAGGUUGUAGUGAAAAGAGAGCCGAGUGUCGAGUUACGCGACAUGGGAAAGGGUAGAUAA